GGCAGCGCCGGGCUGCCCAAUGCCAGGGAUGGAGACGUCGGGGUGCCCAGCAGUGCCUGGCACUGGGGAUGGCAAUGUUGGGGUGUCCAGCAGUGGGGAUUUCAGUGUCAGGGUGCCCAGUUUUGGGGAUGGUGAUGUCCUGGGUGCCAUUAAGAGCCUAGCAAUGGGGGUGGCAGUGCCGGGGUGCCCAACACCAGGGAUGGAGAUGUCAGGGUGCCCAGCAUCAGGGAUGGCAGUGUUGGGGUGCCCAGCAUUGAGGAUGGUGAUGUCAGGGAACCCAGCAGUGCCUGGCACUGGGGAUGGUGAUGUCGGGGUGUCCAAUAUUGGGGAUGGUGAUGAGAGGAUGCCCAGCAUCAGGGAUGGCAGUGUCAGGGUGCCCAGCAUUGAGGUGACGAUGUCAGGGUGCCCAGUAGUGGGGAUGGAGAUGUCAGGGUGCCCAGCAUUGGAGAUUUCAGUGUCAGGGUGCCCAGCAGUGGGGGUGGUGAUGUCAGGGUGUCCAAUAUUGGGGAUGGUGAUGUCAGGGUGCCCAGCAGUGCCUGGCACUGGGGAUGGUGAUGUCAGGGUGCCCAGUUUUGGGGAUGGUGAUGUCCUGGGUGCCCAUCAGAGCCUAGCAAUGGGGGUGGCAGUGCUGGGGUGCCCAACACCAGGGAUGGAGAUGUCAGGGUGUCCAGCAGUGGAGAUUUCAGUGUCAGGGUGUCCAGUUUUGGGGAUGGUGAUGUCAGGGUGCCCAGCAUCAGGGAUGGUGAUGUCAGGGUGUCCAAUAUUGGGGAUGGUGAUGUCAGGGUGCCCAGCAUCAGGGAUGGUGAUGCCUGGGUGCCCAUCAGAGCCUAGCAAUGGGGGGUGGCAGUGCUGGGGUGCCCAAAACCAGGGAUGGAGACGUCAGGGUGCCCAGCAUCAUGGAUGGCAGUGUCAGGGUGCCCAGUUUUGGGGAUGGCAAUGUCAGGGUGCCCAGCAUCAGGGAUGGUGAUGUCGGGGUGUCCAAUAUUGGGGAUGGUGAUGUCAGGGUGCCCAGCAGUGGGGAUUUCAGUGUCAGGGUGCCCAACACCAGGGAUGGUGAUGUCAGGGUGCCCAGCAGUGCCUGGCACUGGGGAUGGUGAUGUCAGGGUGCCCAGUUUUGGGGAUGGUGAUGUCCUGGGUGCCCAUCAGAGCCUAGCAAUGGGGGUGGCAGUGCCGGGGUGCCCAACACCAGGGAUGGAGACGUCAGGGUGCCCAGCAUUGGGGAUUUCAGUGUCAGGGUGCCCAGUUUUGGGGAUGGUGAUGUCGGGGUGUCCAAUAUUGGGGAUGGUGAUGUCCUGGGUGCCCAUCAGAGCCCAGCAAUGGGGGUGGCAGUGCUGGGGUGCCCAACACCAGGGAUGGAGAUGUCAGGGUGCCCAGCAUCAUGGAUGGCAGUGUCAGGGUGCCCAGUUUUGGGGAUGGCAAUGUCAGGGUGCCCAGCAUCAGGGAUGGUGAUGUCAGGGUGUCCAAUAUUGGGGAUGGUGAUGUCAGGGUGCCCAGCAGUGCCUGGCACUGGGGAUGGUGAUGUCAGGGUGCCCAGUUUUGGGGAUGGAGAUGUCAGGGUGCCCAGCAUUGGGGAUGGUGAUGCCCUGGGUGCCCAUCAGAGCCUAGCAAUGGGGGUGGCAGUGCCGGGCUGCCCAACACCAGGGAUGGAGACGUCAGGGUGCCCAGCAUCAUGGAUGGCAGUGUCAGGGUGCCCAGUUUUGGGGAUGGUGAUGUCAGGGUGCCCAGUAGUGGGGAUUUCAGUGUCAGGGUGCCCAACACCAGGGAUGGUGAUGUCAGGGUGUCCAAUAUUGGGGAUGGUGAUGUCAGGGUGCCCAGCAGUGCCUGGCACUGGGGAUGGUGAUGUCAGGGUGCCCAGUUUUGGGGAUGGUGAUGUCAGGGUGUUCAAUAUUGGGGAUGGUGAUGAGAGGAUGCCCAGCAGUGGGGAUUUCAGUGUCAGGGUGUCCAGUUUUGGGGAUGGUGAUGUCCUGGGUGCCCAUCAGAGCCUAGCAAUGGGGGUGGCAGUGCUGGGGUGCCCAACACCAGGGAUGGAGAUGUCAGGGUGCCCAGCAGUGCCUGGCACUGGGGAUGGCAAUGUUGGGGUGCCCAGCAUUGGGGAUUUCAGUGUCAGGGUGCCCAGCAUUGGGGACAAUGAUGUCAGGGUGCCCAGUGGUGCCCAUUAUUGAGGAUUUUGGUCUCCCAGUGCCCAUCAUUGAGGGUUUGGGUCUCCCAAUGUCCAUUAGUGGGGAUUUUGGUCUCCCAGUGCCCCGUGUCCAGUGCCCAUUAUUGGGGUUUUGGUGCCUGGUGCCCAUUAUGGGGGUUUGGGUGCCCAUUAUUGGGGUUUUGGUGCCCAUUAUGGGGAUUUUGGUGCCCAUUAUGAGGAUUUUGGUGCCCAUGAUGAGGAUUUUGGUGCCCAUGAUGUGGAUUUUGGGGCCUAUUAUGGGGGUUUUGGUGCCCAUGAUGAGGAUUUGGUGCCCAUGAUGAGGAUUUGGUGCCCAUUAUUGGGGUUUUGGUGCCCAUUAUGGGGAUUUUGGUGCCCAUUAUGGGGGUUUUGGUGCCCAUGAUGAGGAUUUUGGAGCCCAUGAUGAGGAUUUUGGUGCCCAUUAUGGGGGUUUUGGUGCCCAUGAAGAGUAUUUGGAACCCAUUAUGGGGGUUUUGAUGCCCAUUAUGGGGAUUUUGGAGCCCAUGAUGAGGAUUUGGUGCCCAUUAUGGGGAUUUUGAUGCCCAUGAUGAGGAUUUUGGUGCCCAUGAUGAGGAUUUUGGUGCCCAUUAAAGGGGUUUUGGUGCCCAUGAUGAGGAUUUGGUGCCCAUUAUGGGGGUUUUGGUGCCCAUGAUGAGGAUUUUGGUGCCCAUUAUGGGGGUUUUGGUGCCCAUUAUGGGGUUUUGGUGCCCAUGAUGAGGAUUUUGGUGCCCAUGAUGAGGAUUUGGUGCCCAUUAUGGGGGUUUUGGUGCCCAUGAUGAGGAUUUUGGUGCCCAUGAUGAGGAUUUGGUGCCCAUUAUGGGGGUUUUGGUGCCCAUGAUGGGGGUUUUGGUGCCCAUGAUGGGGUGUUGGUGCCCAUGAUGAGGAUUUUGGUGCCCAUUAUGGGGAUUUUGGUGCCCAUGAUGAGGAUUUUGGUGCCCAUUAUUGGGGUUUUGGUGCCCAUUAUGGGGGUUUUGGUGCCCAUGAUGAGGAUUUUGGUGCCCAUUAAUGGGGUUUUGGUGCCCAUGAUGAGGAUUUUGGUGCCCAUUAUGGGGGUUUUGGUGCCCAUUAUGGGGUUUUGAUGCCCAUGAUGAGGAUUUUGGGGCCCAUGAUGGGGAUUUUGGUGUCCAUUAUGGGGAUUUUGGUGCCCAUUAUGGGGAUUUUGGGGCCCAUUAUGGGGGUUUUGGUGCCCAUUAUGGGGGUUUUGGUGCCCAUUAUGGGGAUUUUGGUGCCCAUGAUGAGGAUUUGGUGCCCAUUAUGGGGGUUUUAGUGCCCAUGAUGAGGAUUUUGGUGCCCAUGAUGAGGAUUUGGUGCCCAUUAUGGGGAUUUUGGAGCCCAUGAUGAGGAUUUUGGUGCCCAUGAUGAGGAUUUGGUGCCCAUUAUGGGGGUUUUGAUGCCCAUGAUGAGGAUUUUGGUGCCCAUUAUGAGGAUUUGGUGCCCAUUAUGGGGGUUUUGGUGCCCAUGUUGAGGAUUUUGGUGCCCAUUAUGGGGGUUUUGGUGCCCAUUAUGGGGGUUUUGGUGCCCAUUAUGGGGGUUUUAGUGCCUAUUAUGGGGAUUUUGGAGCCCAUGAUGAGGAUUUUGGUGCCCAUGAUGAGGAUUUGGUGCCCAUUAUGGGGGUUUUGAUGCCCAUGAUGAGGAUUUUGGUGCCCAUUAUGAGGAUUUUGGUGCCCAUUAUGGGGGUUUUGGUGCCUAUUAUGGGGAUUUUGGAGCCCAUGAUGAGGAUUUGGUGCCAAUUAUGGGGGUUUUGGUGCCCAUUAUGGGGAUUUUGGUGCCCAUUAUGGGGUUUUGGUGCCCAUGAUGAGGAUUUUGGAGCCCAUUAUGAGGAUUUGGUGCCCAUUAUGGGGGUUUUGGUGCCCAUGAUGAGGGUUUUGAUGCCCAUGAUGAGGAUUUUGGUGCCCAUUAUGGGGGUUUUGGUGACCAUUAUUGGGGUUUUGGUGCCCAUGAUGAGGAUUUUGAUGCCCAUUAUGGGGGUUUUGGUGCCCAUUAUGGGGGUUUUGGUGCCCAUGAUGAGGAUUUGGUGCCCAUCAUUGAGGAUUUUGGUGCCCAUGAUGAGGAUUUUGGUGCCCAUUAUGGGGGUUUUGGUGCCCAUUUUGAGGAUUUUGGUGCCCAUUAUGGGGGUUUGGGUGCCCAUGAUGAGGAUUAUGGGGCCUAUUAUGGGGUUUUGGUGCCCAUGAUGAGGAUUUGGUGCCUAUUAUGGGGGUUUUGGUGCCCAUGAUGAGGAUUUGGUGCCCAUUAUGGGGGUUUUGGUGCCCAUUAUGGGGAUUUUGGAGCCCAUGAUGAGGAUUUGGUGCCCAUUAUGGGGAUUUUGGUGCCCAUGAUGAGGAUUUUGGUGCCCAUGAUGAGGAUUUGGUGCCCAUGAUGAGGAUUUUGGGGCCUAUUAUGGGGUUUUGGUGCCCGGUGCCCCACACGAUGCAUCCCACAGAGGCCCCCA